AUGCAUCUCCUCAGCUUCCUCUACCCUGCGCUGCUGGCAUCGAGUGGCGCAGAAGCCCUUCGCUCAGACAAAGUCAAACUGGCUAAGAUCGAAAGUCUCACACUGCGCAAAGGACAGCAGACAUCCGCGCGACGCGUUGACCCUAUUCCUCAGCUGAAAUGCAUCGGCGGUUCCGCACGCGGCCUCUACGAACCUGAGAUAAUGCGCUGCAAGAACAGCGGCUCUGACUACGACGAAGACUCCAUACAAUGGACCUGCACCGCCUCGCUCCCCGAAGAAUUCAAACUCGGCUCCACAGACGUCAUCUGCGAAGGCUACGAUUACCCCGAAGACCCAUACAUCUUGAAAGGAAGCUGCGGAGUAGAGUACCGUCUUGUCCUCACGGAGAAAGGCCAAGAGAAGUACGGCAAGGGAAGAGGAAGAUGGCAGGGCGACGACGACGAUGACGACCGACGUGAUGGACCGAAAACCAUGGGCGAGAGGAUUGCAGGCGGACUCUUCUGGAUGCUCUUUGGUGGUGUCGUGUUGUGGAUGAUAUACUCUGCAUUGAGGAACCGCGCACAAGGUCCGGAUGGCGGCGCAGCGGGAGGCAACAGACCUGGCUGGGGAGGUGGCGGCGGCGGCGGCGGUGGAUGGGGAGGAGGCUACAACGACGACAACGACGACCCGCCUCCACCAUACUACCCGAACAACCCCAAGUCAGGCUACGGCGCGACACAACCGGCACAAGGCUGGAGGCCCGGCUUCUGGUCUGGUGCGGCAGGUGGCGCUGCUGCUGGAUGGGCUGCGGGCCAGUUUGGCAACAGAGGCAACCGGAACAACCAGACGGGUGGCUGGGGCGCUGGAAACGGUAGUGGCAGUCGCUGGAACAACGGCGGAGAAGGUAGCUCAAGGAGUUCGUCUGGUGAUAGUUUCUCCAGCACCAGGCAUGAGAGCACUGGGUUCGGAGGAACUUCGCGCAGAUGA